CGCUAAUGUUUAUGUUAACGUUAAUGUAUAUUAAAUUUCACGUUAACUCUCAUUUAACUUUAUCAAAAUUAACUUAACUUCUACAUUAAUUUGCGCGUUAAGAUUCAGUGGUACAGGCAGGAGCAUAACGAGAAACCCAGCAUCGAUCGUCGACUCGGAUGAGUUUGAUUUAGCAGUGUAUGCUUGUCUAUGGUCCUUAACAUAGUCGACUCGCUCGAUUUAUGUGAGAAACAUAGACGACACCCACAGAGAACCAAUUUUAGGAGUAGCAAGCAAAGCAGCUGUCAUAAUGCAGGUUUGACCGAAGGAGUGAUUUUGAUUAUUUACUUGUUAAUGUAAUAAACGUCAAAUAUAGUAAAUGUUUUGUUAAUUUGAUAAAGAAUUACCUACUAAGUACUUGUAUUUAAUUGGAACAUUCUUAAAAUUGACUUCGAUAUUGUGUCACUGAUUGAUCGAUACUAAAUUUUGUUUAAGAGUAGGAGGCUACAUUAAUUUAAAACAAUGUCAUUAAUUACUUUCGUUUCAUAAAUAUACGUAGCUAGGCACAUCCCUUCUCUGUCUUUACACGUGUAGAGAGAGGGUAAAGUAGCAAAAUACGCAAAAUAAUUUCAGUUGGAGCCAAAAUUAGAAACUGAAAUGCUUACUCCAAAUGAUUUGCAUUUUGAACGUUGACGCUGUGUAGUCUAACACAGUUAUCUAAAUCUAAAUAUCUAUAAAAUUAUAUUAAGCAGUUAAACAUCAGAUUUUCGACAAUGACGGUCCCCACAGCCGAAGUAGCUCCAAAUCAAAUUGACGUCCUACCAGAUGAGUUAAUGAUUAACAUUUUUAAAUUCCUGCCAAUAGAGACUAUCCUAGAGUGUGAGAAUGUCUGCACUAGAUGGAAGAAAUUGUCCCGUGACCCCGCGCUCUGGAGAGGGAUUGUAUUCGUUUACUCCGGGAAACCUGGACAAAGCGAAGUAAGCGAGAAAAACUUGCAAAUCAUAGAAACUCAUAGUGACUGUAUACGCUGUCUUAAAAUACAGUAUGUUUACAGUUACCCUGUGAUCAAAUCAAUAAUAGAGCAGUGCCAUAAUAUCAUCUCACUUGAACUUGUUAUGUGCCGCAUUGCCAAAGAUUUUGAAGAUGAUAUCACGAGGUGGCCGAAUUUAAGGAAAAUCAACUUGAAAAAUUCCCUCGUUUUGAUGAAUAAUGUAGACGUAUUGGUCCCGUACGAUAAUUUUAAAUAUUUGAAAUAUUUGGCUUUGUCUGAUUUUGGACUUCCAGUCGCGACCCGCGACAGUUUGCUGCGUUGUAAUUAUCUCAGUCAAAUUUACAUAGAAAAAGUAAAAAAUCUCGAUAUAGACUAUGUCAAAAAAUUGAUUAGUUCGAAAAUGUUAAUUCUUACCGCUCUGCACAUUUACGGCGGCGACUCUGUAAAUGACGAAUGUUUGUUAAUGUUGUCGCACUGUAAUUUAUUGAAAGAUCUCGCAAUCAUACGCUGUGAGAGUCUGACAGAUGCAGGUCUUAUCAAGUUGGCAGAUCUGAAACAGAUACAACAUUUACAAAUCUGGAAUAACGUGAACUUUACCGAACACAAUCUGCACAGGACACUGAGCAGUCCGAAUCUAGUCAAACUGGAAAGCUUAAGUUUAUCGAGAAUAGGUAAUAUUUCACCUGUGAUAGUAGAUGUGAUUUCUGAAUAUUAUAAAAAUCUUAAAUUUCUUGCCGUUUACCAGUGCCCUAGAAUCAUUAACACUGAUUACGAAAAACAGUUAAAAUCAAAAUUUAGAAAUAUUGAUGUUGUUUUGUAUUAAAUACGAAUAUGAAAUUUUCUUUAAUACACCUCCAUAAAAUGGAGCUUGAUUGGCUAUUUUAAUUAAGAAUCGUGGUAAUGAGACUUGAGAGGGAAUUAUAAUUCUCUAGUUAGCGUUUUAUUUGUCUGUUUGAACUUAUGUCUUCUCCAAAAGUACAGGGUGUUACAAUAUUCCCGCAAAUUCUACGCAAAACGUUACAAGGUAACGAAAAAGGUUACGAUGCCAAAGUAAACACAAUUCGCAAAUGCCUAUUCAGAGUAGGUAAUUUCAGUGCAACGAUUUGCAAAAAAAAAAAUACACAUUGAAAAAUCUACUGAAUAUCGUAAUCAUACUUGAUCAUUUGAUUAUAUUUGAUUACGAUUUUUGUAACACCUUGCACAAAUAUAGUAACUUAUUGCUUAUGAAUUUUUUUGUAAACUUAAUAACUUCGAAAUUAAUGAAUUCAAUGAUUUUGUACUGAAAAUUAAAAAACACAUAAAAUCCACAUAAGUAUAUUUCACUGUAUAAAUAAUGGCAUACGGGUCAAAUAAUUAAAAUCUUUUCACUGAAACCAGACGUAAAUAAGACAAAACUUAUAUAAUAAGAAUACCUACUAGUCUUUUGUUAAGAGAAUGAAUUUUAUCAUAAUGGAAAUCGUUCUUACUUUAUCGAUACAUAAAAAAAAAUAACAAGAAAUUGACCUAAAUGUGCUCAUAUACAGAUAUUUUUCCUACUUCUUUUUUUAAAUAACCAUGAUUACAACAUCGAUAAUUUUAUUCUGCCGCUAAUUUCUAUGGGUACCUAUUGUUUCUCUUAAUAUGUACUUUAUUACAUAUAUUUGUUACUGUGAUGUUACGAUAACAAUACAUUAAUUACGAGAAA